UCGUCUCGAAGCCGGCAGAGCUACCGUCUAUUCCGCUCCAAGCCUCCGCUUGAAAGACACCUUUUUUCUUUUGUGAGCAGUUGAGCACGUUUCGUGUCAUAGACCUAAAAAAUGCGUUACGUCGCCGCUUACCUUUUAGCCGUCCUUGGAGGCAAAGCAAGCCCAAGCCAGAAUGAUUGCGAGAAAAUCCUUUCAUCGGUUGGUAUUGAGGCUGAUGCUGAAAGGCUCCAACACGUUCUGAAGAGCCUUAAGGACAAGGACAUCGAAGAAGUCAUCGCCGAUGGCCGUAAAAUGUUGAGCUCCAUGCCAGUUGGUGGUGCUGCUGCCCCAGCUGCCGCCGCUGCUGGUGCCGCUGCUCCAGCUGCUGAAGAGAAGAAGGAGGACAAGAAGGCCGCUAAGGAAGAAUCUGAAUCUGAGGAUGAAGAUAUGGGAUUCGGUCUCUUUGACUAAGUUCUUCGUAGCAGCAACUAAUAACUUGGUUAGUUUUUGUUCUCCAGUGGAAGUUCAACAUCAAACUUAGGAUUAAAAUUACUUUUGUACUGAUGAUAACUGUUGAAUCUGUUGCGGGAGAAUAAUAAACUUCCCAUAAAAACUUA